AGGAUGAUGGUGGAAAAAAGGAAAUGUUGGUCCAUUUCUUUGUGAUGAAGCAACUCUGAUGGUUUCGUGAGAUGCGGGUCUCACUUGGGACAUGGCACUGCAAGAGAGCGGCUCCAAUGCAAGGGGAUUUGAUUUUUUGUUUGGCGACCACGGCAGCUACAUGGCAGCUACUGAUCAUUAGCAACAGUCGACGUAUCUUCAGUAAGUUACUUAAGGCAAUAAUCAAUGUAAUAUGAUGAUAUUGAAGUAUGUAAACAGAGAGAAGAAUAUACAUCCACACAGAGAGACAAGCAAACAGAUGGAUGGACAGACAGACAUGCAGACAGACAUGCAGACAGACAGACAGACAGACAUUACAGUUAUGAGUUUGUGCAUUUUUAUAGUUACAGUUGUAAUGAGGUAAUGGACUCAACGUGGCCUGGCAUUCAGUUUAGCAAUUCAAACAAUCUCAUUGUGAACGGUAUGUUUAGUGAACCCGAUGAAACAACAGAAAUUGCAACAGUCUUUUGUAGUCAAUUGGAUCAGCGUAAUUUCUUUCAGAAUUGAGUGGUUGUGCAAUUGAACUUUACAACUUUGUUUCCCAAGAAAUGUGAACCGUGUGACUAUAAGGAUUGGGUGCCACUGGAAGAAUGACUACGGAUACGUUCUAAGUUCAACGACAGCAGACAAAUGCAUCGAAUCCAAACGCAUCACAACGUACAAUCCAAAGAACCACUGCACCGAAGGCGAGACGAUCAGCAUAACUCAAGGAUAUGGUAAGGUGUCAGGUGAUGUAUGCAGAGGCGGAGACACGAGUCAAUGGGCAACAAAACAAGAGAAAUGUGUUGCAAUGGCUCGUGGCGAGUUGACGUUGGAGUCUGAUAUUGAAGGCAGUGGAGUUGCCAUCGGACGACAAGUACAUUUUACAUUGAGACAAAAAAGGGUUUUCUUUCGAGGUAUCAAGUACGUGUGGUAGUAUUGGUGACAAAUCUCAACUCGUCUCAACUCUUCAUGUCGAUAACUUCCCUGUAGUUAAGAAUCACUCGUACUCGACAGCUGGUAGCUACAACAUGACGAUGAAUGCCAGCAAUAGUGUUGGGUUGUCGACCGUGCAACUAGUGGUGAGAGUCUACGACGUCAUAUCAACCUUGAAUAUUAUCCCUCCUCACGCCGUUUUACCAACCAACAACGUCACUUUCAUCUGCCAGCCAACAGGCAACACACUCGCACCAAUACAUUACGAAUGGAAGUUUGGAAACGACGACGCAUCGUUCACACUGACACGAAAUCACACCAUACAUCACGUGUUCGGAUCGACUGGAAAGUUUCUCAUCUUGGUGACUGCAUACAAUCCCGUGUGGACGAAGUCAUCACAUGUUUACGUUUCAGUCUACAGUGCAGUACGGACGUUGCGUCUCGGUUUCAGUCGUUCCGCUGUCAUGGAAAGAGCUACGCUUGAUGAUUUCGAUAGUCUGAUGGCUGAUAGUUUGGUUAAUGUGGUUGCACAGGUGACUGGAUAUGAUACGAGUCGAUUUGAAGCAUUUGUGGUCUACCCUCCUGCAUCAGAUCAAGUUGAAGUCGAUUUAUCUGUAGUCGCCAACAACAAGGAUGAAGAGAGUGACAUUGAAACAAUCUUGCAGUGGGUGAAAUAUGCUGUGGAUGCACACGAAAUCACUGUGGUGUUGACACCACAAAGUUCACAAAUCGAAGGAAGUUCACUGAUUGAAGCAAUUUCAUCACAAGAAGUGAUUGUAAAUCCUCGUAUCCAACCAUCAUCUGCCAAACAUGUCAAUAGUGUUGAUGGUAAAACCAUGGUAUCAUCAUCAUCACCAUAUUGGCUCUACUCAUCAUCAUCAUAUCCAUCAUAUUUGGCAUGUGGUACAGACAACGUUACUCAAGACUUGAGAACUCAUACUUUAGAUUGAAUCAAGACAGGAAUGUUCACCUUACAUUAGAUGAAGAUGACAGCGACGACGACUCUCCUCUUGCACUUGCAAGGAGCCACGAUGAUACGAAAGCAACAAACAAUGAUGAUGAUGAUGAAGACGAUGAUAAACUGCUGAAUGACGUGUAAAUAACUGUUACAUUUACUAGAAAUGCAAUGAGUGUGUCCAUAAGGAUUAUUGUAUGUAUCUGCUGGGUUAGCUGUUUAGAGUUAGAUCUUCUGUAUGUGCUCACUGUGUGUUGCUGUUCAAACAUGAUUAAUUAAUUAACACAAACUUAGAAAAGCAAAACUCAUAACUUAGCUGGAGUGACAUUAUAACAUAAACUGUUGUUGUGCACUGACAGUCAAAUGUGUAGUAACACCUGAAUAUGAUAAAAGUU